UGGACUCCUGAGGUGUGCGCGGAUGAUCCAGUGCCCCCGGAGACGACUUGAGAGUCUGUGAGCUGGAACGAAGUGUGAGGGGGACCUGAGGAUUGGACUGGCUCUUUAUUUCAGCUGUACCCAGGUCUGCAGCUCUGAGCGCUUGUCUGAUAGACAGAGGGACGGAUGAGCCGAGCGUGUACCUGCAGGCUGAGACUACGAGCGGCUCUGAGGCAGAUCCUCCGCUGAACACGCCCUGAUACAAAAAAGGUAGACGCACACUCUCACCGCCUGAUCCCCGAGGAGCCGAGCUUACUUACCUGUAAACCAGCGGACCCAAUGCUCCACCGCAGGCUCACACUCCCGGACACCUACCAAAUGAAAUCAGGACGAGUUUAUUUCCACCACAAACUUUGGUUUGUCCCGAGGAGCUUCAUCCACGUCUGUCGCUCGGAACACCUGGAGAUCCCGCGGGACUCGGUGGAGAAAUAAAGCUGGUUAUUGCGGCAGUAGAACAUUAAUCCGCCGGCUGGCCUGAGCACCAUGAGCAGGAAGACGCGGCGCUGGAUUUUACAUUUUUUCCUGUGCCUUGGGAUAGUGUAUUUGAAAAUAGGGGGUCUGUCAUCGGUGGUCGCACUGGGAGCGAGCAUCAUCUGUAAUAAAAUCCCCGGCUUGGCCCCCCGUCAGAGGACUAUCUGUCAGAGCCGACCCGAUGCCAUCAUAGUGAUCGGAGAGGGAGUUCAGAUGGGCAUCAACGAGUGUCAGUUUCAGUUCAGACACGGCCGCUGGAACUGCUCGGCCCUGGGAGAGAGGACCGUGUUCGGGAAAGAGCUCAAAGUGGGCAGUAAAGAGGCUGCGUUCACCUACGCGAUUAUUGCUGCCGGGGUUGCCCAUGCAGUCACAGCAGCCUGCACCCAGGGCAGUCUGAGCGGCUGCGGCUGUGACAAGGAGAAACAGGGUUUCUACAACCAGGAGGAAGGCUGGAAGUGGGGCGGCUGCUCUGCAGACAUCCACUACGGCCUGGGCUUCUCCAAGGUGUUUGUGGACGCACGGGAAAUUAAGCAGAAUGCCAGGACUCUCAUGAAUUUACAUAACAAUGAAGUGGGACGCAAGGUCCUGGAGAAGGGCAUGCGUCUGGAGUGUAAGUGUCACGGUGUGUCGGGAUCUUGCACCACCAAAACCUGCUGGACGACCCUCCCCAAGUUCCGUCAGCUGGGGUACAUUCUCAAGGACAAGUACAACCAGGCCGUGCACGUGGAACCGGUGCGAGCCAGCCGCAACAAGCGCCCCACCUUCCUGAAGAUCAAGAAACCCCAUUCCUACCGUAAGCCCUUGGACACGGAGCUGGUCUACAUCGAGAGGUCGCCCAACUAUUGCGAGGCCGACCCUCUGACCGGCAGCACGGGAACUCAGGGUCGCCUGUGCAACAAAACGGCUCAGCAGCCCAACAGCUGCGACCUGAUGUGCUGCGGUCGGGGAUAUAACACACACCAGUACUCACGUGUGUGGCAGUGCAACUGCAAGUUCCUGUGGUGCUGCUACGUUAAAUGCAACACCUGCAGUGAGAGGACAGAGGUGUAUACCUGCAAAUAGAGAUAUUUAUUGGACGUGUAUUCAGACAGCUAGACUGGACUGUGUGUGUGUGUGUGUGUGUGUGUGUGUGUGUGUGUGUGUGUUGUUAUGUAUUUCAGAAUAAGGGUUCUUUAUGGCUGUGAUGCCUUGCCGUGUUGAUGCUACAGCCAUCAUGACAACCACUUCCUCCAACUUGUGUUGAUGAUACUGAGGCCAGUGCACGUCUGCCAUCACACUGGACUCGACCUAUGGGCUCAUAAGUUUUAUCUGUGUUUUUUUUUUCUAAUGUCAUUUCAUGCCCCAGGCUUGACUUCACUGGUCUAUUGGCAUGACUCACCUCAAACACUUUUGUUUUCUUUCUCUAAACUAAUAAUUUAUUCAGUGAGAAAACUACUGAUUGUUUUGAAAUUUCACUGUCGACUAAAUCCGGUAAAGUUUUAAGCUGGUGUAGAUACCUGGUGGGGUUUUUUUUGUUUUUUGUUUUUUAGAAAAAAUGCACUUAAGAGCAAAAAGAAUUUUCUUUUGACUAUCCUUUUUUUUUUUUUAAAUUACAAACAAGUUAAACACUGGAGUUGAAACCGGAAACAGUCAGAACUGAACUUGAUUGACAGAUUUGGGAACCUGCGGCUCACAAGUAUUAAGUCCAGCAGGAGAACACUGAACUACUGAUUGCUGACUCAGUAUGAUAGUAUUGUUUUCUGCUCGUUUCUUCCCCUCUUCCCCUCCAGUUUGCUGCUAGUUGUCUGGAAAGUUGUGGAGCUUGUGACUCAGCAGCCGUAUUGACUCUUCAAGCUAAGUUGACGCCACCAGGAGCAAACGCGAGCUUCCAGACAUAAACGUCCCUCGAUGUUGGUUGAUAGAAUAUAUUUUGUAAGAGAUUAUUUUUAUAUAAAUGUUGUUUUAUUUAUUUUCUAUCUCUGUGUAAGAUAUUUUCUCUUAGCAUUUCUUUACCCACUGAAACACUGUUUUAAAAAUGUGCCUGUUUCCUCAGCAGAAGAAUCUAAGAAUGUCACACUGAAUUGUGCAGUAUUGUGACGUAUAACCCAUUUCAGGAAGUGGCUUUGCUACCUACACAGAGCUGAAGUACUAAUGUCGCCUCCAGGCUGUUCCAUGAGCAUUAGCCUCUUUGAGUCAGUUCCAUCUCUUGUAGUGGAUUUAUUUCAUCUGUGUUUCUAAAAACAAGGAAGAUAAAAAUAAAAAUAACAAAUGUGCUUAAAUAAAUAUCAGAUUCUUGUUCCAUCCAGUUAGACAGAUGAAUUGAUCAGGACAGUGAAAAAGGUUUGGUUUCAAAGCCGGAUUUUCAGUGUUUUGCAUUAAUACAGAUAAGAUGUAAAUGAGGCAGAACUACUUCAGGAACUGAACCUGGAAGUUACAGUUUGUUCUUCAAAUCACCCAAAAGCUGUAGUGUUCUUAAAUCAGAAGUUAUGUUGUCAUUUGUCAUGUAGACCCACACUGUCUUUUCUUUUUGUUCAAUAAA